AUGUGGUGGACAACUACCGACAAGGAGCCAGACGUGUGCGAAGAUGACGAUGCCGCCCUCGUUUUUUUAGCCCAACAGCUCAAUGUUUCUGGGGUCACUGGUUGCGGGGAUGCUGCUGGCAUGUGCUUCGUCAGCUCGGAGGUGCAAGGCAUAUGUUGCCAAACGUGUGCUGCAGCUAUGAUGGAGUGCAACGACUAUGGCGACGUACUCGGGAUAUUAGAAGUAGGGUCGGACGAUUGCAGCGAAGUGGCUGGCUGGGGCUGGUGUGAUGCUUUCGGGGACUUGUGUUGCGAAACGUGCUCUUCGGAGGCCACGACAACGACCGACAAGGAGCUCUGCGCGGACGGCUGCUACAACGGGUGGCCAGGCGACGGCGUCUGCGACAGCUCGUGCUACAAUUGGGAGUGCAACUAUGACGGAGGCGACUGCGACGAAGAGCCGCCGACCGACCCUGAAGGACUCGACUGCGGUCAGUGUACCGACGAUGAUGGGGACUGCGCGUUCAACGUAUACGCAGAGUUUGCUUCGUGCGGAUCAGGAUACGAGGUUGUGUACGGGAACUACUGCUGUAACUACUGCGACGAUCCCAGCUUGCAGUUUUUUGGUUGCGUCUAUGUCGGCUGGUCAGGUGCUUGGGCUUACAGUCCUACACUCGUGCCCUUGCUGUUGGUCGUGACUGCGGUAUUGCAGUGA